AUGUUGAAACUUGUUGGCCAAGGUUUUGAUGGUUGUUCAACCAUGAGUGGUAAAGUAAAUGGUGUACAGACAAUUAUACGAAAAAUAUAUCCAACUGCUUGUUAUUUUCAUUGUGCUUCACAUAAGCUUAAUUUAGUAGUUAACGAUCAAAAUUCAAUUCCUGAAAUCAGAAAUACUAUUGGUACUGUAAAAGAAAUAAUUAAGUUUUUUAAAGAGAGUAUUUUGAGAAGAAAACUUAUUCCAAAUAUUCCAUUAUUUUGCGAGACACGUUGGUCAGAAAAGUACAAAUGUACACGGCUAUUUGAUAAAAAUUUAAUUGAAAUUAAAACUGUUCUUGAAAAGUUAUCUAUUAGUUCAGAAGCAAAUACUGUUACAAGAAAUCGUGCAUUCCAACUUUCAUCAGCCACAUCAAAUUGUACUUUUUUGAUUAGUUUAAAAGUAAUUGCUUAUUACUCUUCUAUUCUAGAAUCAGUUGUGACCAAAUUACAAGGUACAAGUGUUAAUCUUCACUCUGUUCACAAAUUUGUUAAAACUGAACUUCUUGGUAUAUUAACUAAACAUAGAGAAAACAGCAUAGAGUAUUUUAAUACAAUUUUUGAGGAAAUCACUAAAGUUGCAAAUAGCUUAGAUUUUAUACUUAAAAUACCUCGAAGAACAAACCAUCAGAGUCAACGAUCAAAUCAUAAUUGUUUAUCAAAUGAUUCUAUCAAAGAUUAUUACAGAGUAUCUAUAUUUAUAUUUUAUACCAUAUUUAGACUCAAUUAUUAG